AUGAUGCAGUUUGUGAAAUUUUUCCCACUAUUGGCCAUCGUAGUCAUAAGCUUAGCCGGAACGGCGACAGUAGAGGCUGCGACGGGAAUGAACCCUCCGGUGAAGCUGAUUUGGCAUUACUACAAAAUUACUAACACUUGUGAUGAUGCGGAGACUUAUAUUAGAUACCAAGUCGAAAAGCUUUAUAAGAGUGAUAAUACCAUUGCCCCCAAGCUACUUCGUCUCCUCUACUCCGAUUGUAUGGUUAAUGGAUGUGAUGCUUCGGUUCUUUUGCAAGGACCAAACUCAGAGAGGACAGCUCCGCAGAAUCGAGGGCUUGGAGGUUUUGUGAUCAUCGAUAAGAUAAAACAAGUUCUUGAAUCACGUUGUCCUGGUGUUGUUUCUUGCGCUGAUAUCCUCAACCUUGCCACUAGGGAUGCUGUUCACAUGGCCGGAGCACCAUCUUACCCUGUGUUUACCGGGAGAAGGGACGGUGGGAGAUUGUAUGCAGACGCCGUGGAUCUUCCGUCACCGUCCAUCUCAGUCGACGAGUCAUUAGCAUACUUCAAGUCCAAAGGUCUUGACGUUUUGGAUAUGACUACUCUUCUAGGAGCACACUCGAUGGGGAAGACUCAUUGCAGUCACAUAGUGAACAGACUAUAUAACUACAAGAACACAGGGAAACCAGACCCGAGCAUGAACACGACAUUGGUGUCACAACUUCGAUAUCUUUGUCCUCCAAGAACACAAAAGGGCCAAACCGAUCCACUGGUUUACCUAAACCCAGACUCAGGCUCGAGCAACAGGUUCAGCAGCUCUUACUAUUCUCGUGUCCUGUCUCAUAACGCUGUCUUGGGAAUAGACCAAGAAUUGCUCAACAACGAGGACACGAAGGAGAUCACGCAAGAGUUCGCUGUAGGUUUCGAAGACUUCAGAAAGUCUUUUGCUUUGGCAAUGUCGAGGAUGGGAUCUAUCAAUGUCUUGACCGGAACAGCGGGAGAGAUUCGCCGAGACUGCAAAGUUACCAACGCUAACUACGGAGCUUAAAAUAUUUUUACGUAAUUAUAUCUUAUUUAAUUCAUGUGUGUGUGUGUGAGA